AUGCUUUCAGAUCCUCCGGCAAAGAAACUGAAGACGGCCGACGACGCUUUUGACGUCCCAAAAGUGCAUGCCGAAUACGUCGAGUGGGCGCUCACCCGUGGUAUCAAGAUACAUGGAGUCACGCCUGCAGUGCUUCCUGGUCGAGGCGUUGGUUUGCUGGCUAAGAAGAGUAUAACCAAGGAUUCUUUACUUUUCUUCGUCCCCGAAAAGGCCAUGAUUAAGCCCGAACUUGCGAUACUCCGCCAGCAUAGAUUGACCAAGUUGUCCUCGCAAGCUCAGUUAGCCGCGUAUCUUACCCUGGAAUGGCAGAGCCAGUCUUCCACCUAUGUUGCUUCCCGACCUGCUUGGCCAACUCCAGAAGACUUUGCUUCUUGCAUGCUCGCAUGGUCUCCCGAGACCGAAACAGAAGAUGUGCUACGUAAAUGGGCCCCACCAAGUGUACAGAAACCACUGGAACGCAUGCUAUCGGAUCUGAAACAAGAUGUCGACUCUGUAAGACACAUGCACGCUCCCGACGAUGAGGCAUUCAAACAAGCGUUUCUAUAUCACUGGAUGCUCGUCAACACACGCAGCUUUCAUUGGAAACCUCAGGGUGUUAGCCAGGGUGCAAUGAUCAUGAACCCAGCACUGGACUAUAUGAAUCACUGUCCGAACGGCCAGGGAUGCGAAGUGACUAUGUCAACAAAAGGCUAUGAAUUGAGAGCGAACCGCAACUAUGAGCCUGGAGAAGAAAUAUUGGCUACUUACGGCGCUCAUUCGAACGAUAAGCUCCUAGUACACUAUGGCUUUAUCCUCCCCCAAAGCAGUCUUGAUGACGAUGAGAUCCGUCUGGACCACGUAAUACUACCCCGCUUGACCAACACCCAGCAAAGUGCUCUGCAAGAUGUCGGCUUCCUCGGUGGCUAUGCACUUCUACCGAGCUCUGGCGGACUGUGCUUCAAAACGCAGGUUGCCGUGCGCUCUGUGCUCCUGACAGCCAACGAGUGGGAGCACUAUAUGGGAUCCGGAGAGGAUCUCGCAGAUGACAAAGACGAGGAGGUACUCGAUUGGCUAAAACCUGCACUUGAAUUGUAUGUCGAAGAAGCAAAAGCUGCUGUCGCUGCUCUGGAAGUGCAAUCAGAAGAGAAGACUGGUGAUCUGGCAAACAAGCUCAAGCUCUUACAAGCCAGGUGGGAGCAAAUUGAAGCGGCCCUUGAGAGUUUCCUGGAAUGA